CCCCCCACUCAAAAAAGAGACCACACUCCAGCCGUCUUCCCUCCUCCCAAACCCUAACCUCCCCAGAUCACCGCCGCAUCUCCGCCAUGGGACGCGUCCGCACCAAGACCGUGAAGAAGUCCUCCCGCCAGGUGAUCGAGCGUUACUACUCCCGCAUGACCCUCGACUUCCACACCAACAAGAAGGUCCUGGAAGAAGUCGCCAUCAUCCCAUCGAAGCGCCUCCGCAACAAGAUCGCCGGAUUCUCCACUCACCUCAUGAAGCGCAUCCAGAAGGGCCCCGUCCGCGGCAUCUCCUUGAAGCUCCAGGAGGAGGAGCGUGAGCGCCGCAUGGACUUUGUCCCCGACGAGUCCGCCAUCAAGACCGACGACAUCGCCGUUGACAAGGAGACUCUUGACAUGCUCACUGCUCUUGGAAUGGCUGAUAUUCCUGGUGUCAGGAAGGUGGAUCCCACUGAGCUCCAGGCUGCUCCCGUUGGGUUCGGCCGCGGCGGGCCCAGGAGGUACUAGGGAAAUGAGCCGGAGAUUAGUGUUUCGUUUUUCUGCAGUAGAUUGGUUUUUUUUUUUUGGAUUUAGGAACUGUUGUCUAAUUUGCUAUAUGGAUCUUUUUUUGAGUUCGUUAUGAUGAACUGGCGCAUUUGUGGAAUUUCUGUUCUGGAUUAAGUUUUAUAAGCAUGCGGCUUUUUAUAAUUA